UGGCCACCGACACAUCAUAAGCGGGCACCCACUGGCGACGCACCAGGGAGGAGGAGGCAGACAGCUUCGUCCCGCUUGCUGCUGGCGCUUCCGCUUUUCACUGCUUCUUUUCCGGCUUAGCCAAUUCUGCCACUGCACCAAACACCACAACACUGCCGGUGACGACGAGAGCGACUGGCACGCGAACCAAAUGCCCUUCCUGACUGCGAAUUUAUAACCAGAACCACUGCUGACAGCUGUCCUGUACCGCUGCGUGCACACCAAGCUUGCUGCUUUCCAAUCCGCCGACGGCUUCUGCUGGCGAUUUCCGCAGCUGCGACGACGGCCUCUCUGCCCACCAGCCGCCCACCAUGGCGACGCAGCAGAUCCUCUUCGCCGAGACCAUUUCCGGCAUGAAGAAGGCCUUCAAAAGACGAGCAUAUGAAUCAGACUCCGACUCCGAAAUCGACCACUUCUCGAAUCGAGGCCAUAAAUUAAAGAAGCGUGCCCGCUUCGCACGAAAGGGUCAACUUAUCCCGGCGACGGGUCCUAGUGCCUACAAGGAGGAGCUCGAGUACGCCGGUGUUCGACGAUCGAUUAUUUACAAGAACCCGCCGCUCAUCGACGAUGACGGAUACGAGGUUGAGAGCGGCGAUGAAGCAGAGCGCGUGGAGGAGGCUGCCAUUACCGCUGCCCAGCUCAACCCCUACGCUACCCUCCGGCUAGAGCACAUUCUUGCGCCAUUGACGGCAUCGACCGAUCUCCCUUCACACCCAAUCUACUCGAAGCCCUUUACGUCGAAAACACUGACAGAGCUGGUCCACCAAAGCUGUGGCAUCAUGCGAAAAGAGAACCAAUCGCUGUGGGAAGUCCGCCAUCUGUGGACGGCUCUCUAUGGCGACAAUACCUGGCUUCCGUGUGAAGCAAUGAUCGGAUCGGAAGAUGCAGAGUUGUAUACAAAAGACCAUGUGGCCGCCCAUCUGCUGAGUCUGGCCAACGCUGAGGCCUCCUCGACGGGCCAGGUAAACGGCGAGGCAUCCGACAAGCCCGACGCCAAAGAUGAGGAUGUUUCUAUGGCUGAGGCGACGGAAGACAAGCCUGCCGUCGACGCUACCAGCAAUCAGGAAGCAUCGAAAGCUGACAAGGCGGACGGGGCCGCCGACGCCGAGCAAAAUGCUGCCGACAACAACGAAGACGAUAAGGAUGAGUCGAACUUUGUUCAUCCCAUGUUUCUGCCGCCGACAGGAGCCAAGCCCGAUCGAGACCUCGGGCUUCCCGAAAAGGAGGCCGACGAUGUGCGAAUGCUCAUAGCGCUGUACGUGCAGAAGCAGGAGGAGGUUUGCCGAGGGACAGAGCGACUACACGAGGGACUGCUGCGAGCAGAGCGUCUUCGAGCCGAAGUUCUACACUGGUCCAAGGCAGAGGCCCACUGCGGCCCCAACCGCGAUAUGUCUGAUGGCGAGGACUGGUACGAUAAGGAGGAAUGGGGUCUAGUGGAGGAUCUCAAGAAGGGCCACGAUGAGGAAGAGGAGGAUACAACAACACAAGGCAAAACGAGACGCGCCAGAAGGUAGCUGCUGCUUGUGCCGUCCACAUUAUGCAUGCAUCCAAAAAGGGUGGUGGUACUUGUUUCGUCUCUUGCUACUGGUGGCAUUUUGUUUAGUGUACAGCUGCGGAGGGAGGGGUUAACGACAUUUACGAUUUUCUACUGUUAUUAUAUACCUGCCUAAAUGCAAUUUUAUUUUUCUUCACCUUUGUGUUCUGUACAGAUGUUAUUUUCAUGUCCAUUGCUCUUAUUUGUUGAGCAGCAAGGUGUACAAUCACAUGGAAAAUGGCAAUUGGCGGCUUUAAAUUUUGUAGGUGACGUUUUUGUUUACUCCAGCACCUUCUUUCCAGGGGUUAGGUACCGCAGCUCC